CACACACACACACACACGCACCUAUAAGUAUCCCGGCAGCCGCCUCUUCCCUCAGACCUUCACAACUCGUCCGUGUUAACCUGUCGAAGCUCCGCUAACCCGGCCUCUGCUGCCUUGCUCCAGCACGUAGUCCACGCUCUUUUGACUUGUUCACCAAGAUCAUGCCUACACUAAAGUUUCUCUUGGUACCGGCGGCCCUCGCCCUGUUCUUUGUAGGAGAGGCUACGGCCGCCUGCAGCGCCUCAACCAUCGAGUGUCGUACUGGUGGUCAGUGUGUGAGCCUCGUGUCUGUGUGUAACUCUGUUCACGAGUGUCCUGAUGGCUCGGACGAGGACUACCAGAUAUGUCAGAUAUGGAAAUCCAACAGAAACAACUGUCCAGCCGGGAACUUCAAGUGCCAAGGAAAUUGUUUCGCUGUUCAAAAUGUCUGCAGCAGUACCAGCAGUUCGUCGAGCACUUGUGCAGGAGUGCUGGACCCCAGGUCGUGUCAGAUGGUAAAAUCCAGGAAACUCUUCAUAGAGCCAGAGGGCAUGAACUUAACGACAGAUAUAGUGGCCAUGUUGUCAAUGGCUGUCAACACGACACUGAGCAAGCAGAAGUCAGAGUGUCCCAUGUUGUACACACGAGUUGGUGACCUUUGUCUCGCCUUCUUCUCCCCCGCUAAGUUGUCAUGGGCGGAGGCGAGACAGUUCUGCCACUCCAUCUACGGGGAGCUGUUCUUCUUCAAUGACUUUGCAACCUUCGGCACUGUGCUCCACUAUAUGAAGCAGUCACUACUGACGUCAGACUACUGGGUUGGUGGACGCUACGACCUGGACACUAACGCCUGGUCCUGGGCGGUUGAUGACGCCCCGAUGCCUCUGGGCUCUCCUUACUGGGCUGAGAGGUACAAUAGCUCGUGCGUGCCCAGGUCACCUGCCCACACUGACCCCUUCAGCGGGCCGGCGGAGGCGCUGCCCGGCGCCCCGUGCUUCCACUACCUCCAGGCGCCCAGACAACGCACUCCGGGAUGGUGCUCGGCUUUAACCAGUGAACACUUCUACUACAUCAGCGACGAGGCUUGUCUAGACACUCGCAGUCCUCUUUGCAUCUACAAUUUCCACGAAAAGAAUGAAAUCUAAUCUUUAUGUUUGAUCUAACUCCCUUUCUGGAUUCACCAACUACACACAAUGCAUGAAUAGCAUCGCCAUGUUUGCCCUAAAUUAAUGAAGAUUGUGUUGUUAAACAAUUGCCAUUCAGCAGUGUAAGAGGUGAACCCUCUCUAUAUAUCACAUUCCGCCUGUGUCCUGCCACUCUAGACACUACAGUAACACAAGACACUCCACAACAACACAUUUGAUCUUAAAGUGCGGACAUUAACCCAAGAAACAUAUAUCACCUUGACACUCACACACUCCAAUAUAAACCUUGAAAUAGCCAUGCUGCCAUACACAGGCCUAACCACAGGACGCACAUUCAAGCACAAAACUUCACCAAAUAUUGUAUUUUUUUCCAAUGUAACUAUACUUAACCCGGUAAAUAAAUUAUUUUAGACUAUGAUUUUAAAUCUUUAUGGUAUUCUUUUUAUGAAUAUGCUUAUUUUUAAAGCUGUGCAGUAUGCUAGUCUUACGUAAGCUGUACAGUUAGUGUUUUUUUUAUAUGAUGAGUAGUAUGCUAGUUUCUUGAGCUGUGAAGCCUAACAUUCUAAUUUCUUAAGCUGUUCGCUAGCUUAUAAAGCGAUAUAAUAUAACAGCACUUUUCAUGUAUAAAAUUACGGUAAAUAUGAAAAAAUUAGUGUACAGUAGAUAUUUUUUCUAUCAAUUUAAACAAAAUUAAAGUUUUGUAUUGAAGUUGCAAACUAUCAUAUUAAUAAAAUUUUUAAAUAUCAA